AUGGCAACAGCAGCCACUACUCGUUUUAUAUCAGUUUCAUCGUCAACACCAAAAAGUCGAAAUAAUGAAAGAUUCCCACAAUUAAACUUAAUUGAUAAUAAUUCUCAUGAAACAAAUGUUAAUAAUAGAUCCAUGAUUAAUGUACCUAUGGGUGGUGUACCAGUGAAAUUUGCUGAUAAUCUAUUCAGUAUUCUUAUCAAAGAUCAACUUAGUCAAUUACUUGAUUUACCACAAAUAAAAAAACUUAAUUAUACUGAAGAAAAUGCUAUUCGGAAAUUAACAUAUGAUAUAACUGAAAUAUUAAAACGUAUUGUUGCACAACAUGUAAAAGAUAAUUAUAAAGUUAUUAUACAAGUUAUGUCAUAUCCUAAACAAGAUGAAAACAAUACAUUAAUAAUGAGUCGAUGUCUUUGGAAUUAUCGAACAGAUGAUGUACUCUCAGUUGAAAUUGAAACAGAUACAUUUAAAUUUCUUAUUCUUAUUCAUGGUGUUGCUGCAUAA